GUCAAUGAAUACUUUGACUCGAUCAGUCCAUCUUCUGAUUCUUCAUCGAUUGCCAACACGAUUAAUCACGCGAGUUCAUAUUUUAGCGCGAAAAAUGUCCUACGAAUCUUCUGUGUCCGGGCUCCCUUCCCCACUUAAAGAUCUCGUCGUGAAUUCGCAAGUAGAUGUCGGAAAGAAUGAAGCCGACAAGGCUGAAGUGGCCCAGUGGAUUGAGAAGGUUGCGAAGGGGGAGGUCGUAAAGACAGCUGCUCUUCCAGAUCUCGAGACCCAGCUCGCCCCUCGCACAUAUAUUGUGAGCAACUAUCUCACUGCAGCAGACGUUGCUUUAUAUGGAGCGCUGCACCCAGUAUUUUCGCAGCUACAGCCCGCUCAGCUCUACUCUACUCCUGCACUCACGCGUUACUUUGACCACAUUCAAACGCGUCCAUCUGUGGUGGCUGCGGCACGUGCACUGUCUCCAGCAUUUUCUUUUGUCUCCUUCGACCUUGCGUCUGCCCCUCCGAUCGAGAGGAAAGCUGAUGCACCGAAGAAGAAAGAGAAGGCGGGGGCUGCGGCGGAGCAGGUUGAACCGACAGCUGCAGUGACACUCAAAGAGGACAAUGUACCAGCAGAUAAGCCCAAAGAAAAGAAGGAAAAGAAGAAGGAUGCAGCCUCUGCUGAUAACGGAGGCAAGAAAAAAGAGAAGGUUUCUGCUCCUGCUGGUGGCAAGGCUGUCGCUGAAGAUGCUGGUGACCCUGUACCUUCAAUGAUUGAUAUGCGGAUCGGUCAUAUUGUUGACGUGAAAAAGCACCCUGAGGCUGACAGCUUAUAUAUCGAGCAAAUUGACCUUGGUGAGGAGACUGGUCCACGGACAGUUGUUUCUGGUCUCGUGAACUACAUACCUAUCGAAGAGAUGCGGGACAAGUAUCUUGUCUGCAUUUGUAACUUGAAGCCCGCGAACAUGCGUGGAGUGAAGAGCUUUGCGAUGGUUUUAGCUGCAUCAUCAAAGGAAGGGAAGGACGGCGGCGUCGAGCUAAUCCAACCUCCACCAGGCUCCAAGCCAGGCGAACGGGUCUACUUUGAGGGCCCCGAGUACGAAAAUGCUCAGCCACUGUCUCAAAUGAACCCCAAGAAGAAAAUAUUCGAGACAAUUCAGCCAGGGUUCACCACACUAGAUACGAAGGAGGCAGCGUGGAUCAACCCGGUAACCAAGUCAGUUCACAGGAUUCGUACAAAACACGGUGUUUGCGUCGCCCCGAACUUCGUUGGAGCAUCGUUAUCAUAGAUAAUAAAGUUGUAGAGAUGCGGCUAAGGAAGCUUGUGGCCAAGU